UUGCAUUGUUGCAAAGCUGCUUUCAGUUAAUACAUAUUAUAAAAAACGGUUCGUUUGAAUGCUUGAUUCUGAUUGGCCAGUCACGAAAUUUGCAUAGCUAUUUGUUAUUCCCAGAUAACAACUGCUCAAAACUAAUAACACAGGGUAACCCGGAUGCUGCAAAUUAUUUUGUACAGUUUAAUAUUACUAAAAUAAUUUAAUUACACAUAUGACAUUAUAUUUACAGAUGAUUAAACCAAAUAGUGUGUUUAUUACAUUUGACCAUCUUGUCUUUAAAAAUGAGCAAAUCAAAGAAUUCAAAUCAAUAUGUAAUGUUCCUUACCAGGGAUAAAUACAUCCAGGUCACAUCCUGAUCACACGGUCGUGGCUUAAUUCUGCAAUAAAAACUGGCUACCUACAUUAUCCCUUACAUAGUAAAGGCAGUACACUAAAAAGUGCUGGGUUGUUUGAACCCAUUGUUGGGUCAAAAAUGGACAUUUUAAUUUUCAGUGGUUGAAUUUGUCCAUAUUUUAUCCAGUCAUCACUCUUUAAAAUAAUGGUGCUUAAAAUGUUCUUCACAGUGAUGCCAUAGAGGAAUCAUUUUUGGUUAAUCAAAGAACCAUUUUUUACCUUUUUAUACGUUUUCUCUACAAAUAAACUUUUUUGAAACAGAAAGGUUCUUCGGAUGUUAAAGGAGCUGUAAGCAAUAGUAGACAGGAUGAGCUGGGGAGCUCUUUAUGCCCAGCUGGGAGGGGUAAAUAAACACUCCACCAGCUUGGGAAAGAUCUGGCUGUCAGUUCUCUUCAUCUUUCGUAUUUGCAUCCUUGUAAUAGCUGCCGAGACAGUCUGGGGAGAUGAGCAGUCUGACUUCACCUGUAACACACAACAGCCCGGCUGCAAAAAUGUGUGCUAUGACUUCUUCUUUCCUGUCUCACACAUUCGUUUCUGGUGCUUGCAGCUCAUCUUUGUUUCAACGCCAGCUUUACUGGUAGCCAUGCAUGUGGCAUAUCGCAAACGCAAUGUGAGGAAAUGCCUUGUGGCCACCCGUGGUGACAGUGUUAAAGAAACUGACCUGGAGAGCCUGAAGAAGAGACGUCUACCCAUCACUGGCCCUCUUUGGUGGACCUACACCUGCAGCCUUUUCUUCCGCUUGCUUUUUGAGGCAGGAUUCAUGUACGCCCUUUAUUAUGUCUAUGAUGGGUUUCAGAUGGCACGUCUUGUAAAAUGUGAGGAGUGGCCCUGUCCCAAUAAAGUUGACUGCUUCAUAUCACGACCGACCGAGAAGACUGUCUUCACUAUUUUCAUGGUGGCAUCUUCAUCUAUCUGUAUUGUGCUCAAUGUGGCCGAGCUGGGGUACCUGAUUGUCAAAGCAUUGCUGAGGUGCUCGGCCAGAGCUAAAAGGAAUAAGUCAUAUGGGCAGCAUGAUAAAAUAGCUAAAGAAAAGGCAUACCUGCAGAACCAAAAGAAUGAGAGGUUGUUGUCAUCCAUCUCAGACUCCUCAAGCAAUAAAACAGUUUAAGAUAAUUCCUGCAUCCAGUCUAAGUCAACCAACACAGAGGAUAAUUAGCUUGUAGAUUUUGUCAGUAUUUUUUUCCACAGCAUUAUCUAUAGCAGCUUUAUAGCAGCUUGUCCUGAAAACAAUUACAAACUGUUUCAGGUUUAUUCCAAAGCUUUGAUUUUUUCAAAGACAAAAUAUAAGUCUAUGGUACAGUUUGGAUAUGCUAAAGCAGAGCUUGUUGUCUAAAAAAUAUGUGGGGCUGUUUGUUUUUCUUACAAUGCUUCCCUAUCACUAGAAUUAAAAAAGGGUGACAGUGACUCCUAGUGGUCACUAUAUACAAGUGAAGUCUUGGAUCGAUUCCUUUCUUUGCACAAAAUUCAUUGUCCUGUUUUUGAGGGCUGUAUUGUGUUGUAGACUGCAUGGACAAAGUAACUGUUGCUUUAUUUUAAUGUCAUUAAUUUUGUUUUGUGCACAACAUAAAUGUCUAUGUCUAGUGGCUGUUUCUCUUACUUUCUUAUUAAGAGAACUGAUUUCCUGUGGGACAUCAUCAAUUUAUGUUUUUUUCUUCUGCUUGUAUGGUGAAUGGUUCAAACAUUAGAUUUGUAGUGUUUCUAAAGGUUAUUCUUGCACUGACCCCUACUUGGGAUCUCUUAUCAACUUUGAACUGUGCCUUGUUUUAGUCAGGAACCUUUUCCUGCUCUCUGCAAUGAUCGUGCAUCGAAUAUACAGUCGCGUGAAAAUGUUUACUAGUGGCGCGUGCUUAGUCUACCUGUGGACAUCUGAGAGUGCGUUUAUUUUGGAAAGUUAACCAUGAUUUUAUUAUAAAGUGAAGAUGUUUUUAUCAUUUGUAUUACCACCAUUACUAUUUGUAUUAUAACUACAAAUUUUACCAUGAGGAAUUUGUGGUUAUUAUGAUUUUACUACAAAUAAAACCAAGACACGUUUUAUUUCGUAAGAGAUCUCAUCACAUCAUUUUCGAGGCUCUCCGGUUUGUUAAGGUUUUGGUAAUUUUGGUAAAGUUCCUACAGUAUUGUCACUCGUUUUCACAAGGUCCUGUUUGUAAAAUAAAUUAAUGCUUUUAUGUUUGGAAUUUGUUUUUGGCUAACAUUUAAACUUUGUAUGAAUCUUCUAAUAAAAACUUUAUGAACGUU